GCCGCGGGGAAAGCGGCUGCUGCAGUAGCAGCGCCUUCCGUCUGGGUGGGAGCAGCCGUCAGGGCAUUCCGCUCGACCUUCCUCCGCAGGUGAAGAUUUUGGCAAUGAAAAUUUAAAAUGGACCCUGAGGAGCAGGAGUUGCUUGGUGAUUAUAGAUACAGAAACUAUACUUCAGCAAUUGAUAAAGCUUUGAGGAACUUUGAAUCUUCAAGUGAAUGGGCAGAUCUUAUAUCUUCUCUUGGUAAACUUAACAAGGCUCUUCAGAGUAAUUUGAAGUACUCCCUUUUACCAAGACGUCUCAUUAUCAGCAAAAGAUUGUCUCAGUGUUUACAUCCAGCAUUACCUAGUGGAGUGCAUCUAAAAGCACUAGAGACGUAUGAAAUAAUAUUUAAAAUUAUUGGGACAAAAUGGCUUGCAAAGGACUUAUUUCUGUACAGCUCUGGCUUGUUUCCCUUGCUGGCAAAUGCAGCAAUGUCAGUGAGGCCUGUUCUUCUUGGUCUGUACGAGAAGUAUUUUCUCCCGCUCCAGAAGUCCCUCCUGCCAAGUCUUCAAGCCUUCUUAAUUGGACUUCUGCCUGGAUUGGAGGAAGGGUCAGACAUCUAUGACAGAACAGAUGCAUUGCUUGUGAAGCUGUCCCUAGUGAUUGGAAAGGAAGUGUUCUAUUCAGCACUGUGGGGAAGUGUCCUAGUUAGCCCUUCUAUAAGACUACCUGCAUCCCUUUUUGGUGUUAGUCAUAUCAACAGAGAAUUAUCUGGAAAACAGCAGAAGUACAUGCUGGGUACUGAUCCUAAGUUCACGAUCAAAGCUUUUUGUGUGUCAAUGCUGGAUUCGAAUGUUCUUGUACAAAGAAACACUUUGGAAGUGGUGCUCUUCUUCUUUCCAUUUUAUUCAUCUUUGGAUCCCAAUGAAAGUGCCAUUCCACUAUCUAGGUCUGAUGUUGUCCAUCUUCUCUCAGCAGCUGCACAGACUCUCUUAAGAAGAGAUAUGUCAUUAAACAGAAGGUUAUAUGCAUGGUUACUAGGUUCUGAUAUCAAAGGAGGUACCAUGGUACCAGAUUCGUCUAUUUCUAUGUCUUCAGAAGACCAUGCCCUCUAUUUUUUUGGAAAAUAUUCCAAAGAUCUUUUAGUUGAGGGAUUGAUUGAAAUACUACAUCAGAAACUUGCAGAAUCUGAUUUGGAGGAACAGCAUCAUGCAUAUUUGAAACCAUUCCGCAUUCUCAUAAGCCUACUUGACAAACCUGAAAUAGGGCCACCAGUUGUUGCUGAUUUGUUUCUUGAAGUGAUUAGAGCGUUCUACAGUUAUUGCAAGGAUGCACUGGGUACUGAUCUUAAACUUAGCUAUAGUCAAACUGGUAAUACACUUACAAGUGCAAUCAAAGAAAACAAGAAUGCAUCUGAGAUAGUUAAAACAGUUAAUCUGCUGAUCACCUCCUUAAGCACAGAUUUUCUCUGGGAUUAUAUGACCAGAUGUUUCGAAGACUGCUUCAGAAACACAUCUGUGCAGACACAACUUCUGACUAAGAAUGUUGUCAAUGUUGCAGCAGUUUCAGAACUCUGCACACUAUUGGUAUUUCUUCUAGAUGUGAUACCAUUGGAACUUUAUUCCGAAGUGCAGUCUCUGUAUCUGCCACAGAUGCUCAGCUGCAUGGUGCAGUCUCUCCUUGAAAACAUGGAAACUCUUAGUUUACCAGAGCUCACCCAUGCCUUACGGACAUGCUUCAAAGUGCUUAGCAAAGUGCAGAUGCCUCCUGCCUACCUAAGUACUGAAACAGGAAGCUCAGACACUAGCCCUGUAAAGGAAGAGAUCCAGAAAUUGAGUUCAGAAUCCAAAGGGCUUCAGAAUGAGGAGGACACUCCUUUUCCUCCACUCAAGUCUGAAGACAGCGGUAUUGCUCUUAGCGCUUCAUCCCCAGAGCUAUCCCAGCAUUUGAUGAUGCCUAGGAUAAUCCCUGAGAAGGAUGAUGUAUGGAAAAAGGGUGGGAGCAUGCAGAAGACCUUACACUGCAUCCAGGAGUUGGUUGCAAAGUUUGCCAGUAAAUACAUAUUUGGGAUUCAUUUACAAGAUUCUAGUAAUGGCAGUGUUCCAACAGCAUGCAUAAGACAAGGGGACAACAAAGGAAACCAUUACAGAGCCACUGGAAAUAAUGGAAAGAAAAAACACUCGUGGGAUUCCAAGCAAAUCACUGUGCCUCAGUUUAAGCAGAUGCUUUCAGACUUAUUUACUGUCCGGGGAUCACCAUUUAAACAGAAAGGUCUGGAGCCUCCAUCUUGUUUGAAUGACCUUGGUAGUCAAAGAGGGAAAGAGGAGGAAGAAUGGGACAUUGACCAAGUCAUGCUUGAUUUGGGAGAUUUAAAAGAGGACUGCAGAGAGGCCUUUGCAUCAGUAUGCUACCUCUUACUGGAUUGUACUACAUUCCCCGUCUAUCUUUCUGAAGAAGAAACUGAACAGCUCUAUUUGUCUCUCUUUCAAGUGCCUGGAGGCUGUGAAUCCAGUUUACCCCUGUGGCUCAAAUCCUUGAUGACAAUAUGUUGCUGUGAAAAUGACCGCUACAUUCAAAAUGUGUCCAUCUCUGUACUGCUAGAAGUAAUCAACCAUUCCCAGUCAUUGGCAUUGGUUCUUGAAGACAGAAUAAAGCGGUAUAAAAUUCCUGGGCAAAACCCCUUCUUCGGAAGAUUGCAGAUGGUCACUGUUCCUCCUAUUGCUCCUGGAGUUCUAAAACUAAUUUCAGAGAAAACAGACUUCUAUCAGAGAGUUGCUCAGGUGCUUUGGGAUCAGCUGAACAAAGAGACAAGAGAGCAUCACAAUACAUGUGUAGAGCUGUUCUACCGUCUGCAUUGUCUGGCUCCAUCGGCUAAUAUUUGUGAAGACAUUAUCUGCCUUGCAUUACUAGAUCAUGAUAAAGGGACAAGACUGGAGGCACUGUUCCGAUUCUCUAUCAUGUGGCAUUUGACCAGAGAAAUUCAAGGCAGCAGAGUCACUUCCCACAAUCGAUCUUUUGACAGGUCCCUGUUUGUUGUAUUGGACAGCCUUAAUUAUUCAGAUGGAGCAAUUGGUGCUGCAGCACAGGGUUGGUUGAUACGAGCACUCUCCCUUAAUGAUGUUGCACGAAUUCUUGAACCUGUUCUUCUGCUUCUGCUUCAUCCCAGGACACAACGUACCUCUAUUCACUGCAUCAAACAGAAAAACUCAGCAGAAGAUAUGCAUCUCUGGUAUAAAAAGAAAAAAGCCUCCUUCCAUGAGCCAUUGGGAGCUCCUGAGCUACAUGAAAGCAGUUCUGAAGAAAGUUUGCCGAUGAGCCAGUUUACAGCCGUGGACAGGGAAGCUAUAUGGGCUGAAGUUGAAAAAGAUCCAGAGAAAUGUCUGCUAAAUAAUGAGCUGUCUGUAAAUUAUCCUUCUCAGUGUGCAGAAACUCCACGAGAAUUGGGUGAGGAGGAUAACAGUGAACACACAGAGUCUGCUGAUACCAGCACUGGGCCUAUUGACAGUGAUAAUACAUCAUCCUUUUCUCCCUCUCUGGACCAGCAAGAUAUGAGCAAUGAGGAGAACUAUAGUGCCUCAACAGAUGGCAAAGAAAACAUGAAACAUGUUGGUUCUUCUAAUGUUUAUCCUCCUGACAGUUCCAAAUCCAGCGCCAUGCUAAACCUGGUUCGUGCAGAUUCUGAGAAAACUCAGGCAUCAGAAUCUCUUUCAAGUGAUGAGGAGGUGGAUUUGGAGCUUCAAGCAUUUACCACAUCUAGGUUGCUAAAACAGCAGAAGGAAAAGCAGGAGAUAGUUGAGGCUCUGUUUAAGCACAUUCUUUUGUACUUGCAGCCAUACGAUUCCAAAAGGGUCCUGUAUGCUUUCUCUGUACUUGAAGCAGUGCUCAAAACAAACCCUAGAGAGUUUAUUGAAGCUGUGGCCACCACUAGUAUGGAUACCAGCUCCACAGCACAUCUGAAUCUCAUCUACAAUCUUCUAGCUCGCCACCAGGAAGCUCUUGUGGGGCAGAGUUUCUAUGGAAAGCUUCAAACUCAGUCACCAACUGUGUGUCCCCAUUCGUUACUAAUAGAAUUGCUAACAUACCUCUGUCUGAGUUUCCUGCGCUCCUAUUAUCCUUGUUACUUAAAGGUGACCCACAAAGAUGUGCUUGGCAAUAGGGAUGUCCAAGUCAAAAGCGUUGAAGUUUUGAUCAGAAUGAUGACCCAGCUGGCUACAAUGGCCAAAUCAGCAGAGAGCAAGAAUAUAGAAUUUAUACACAACUUGCUUGGUAGAUGCAAAGUUCAAGAGUUUGUCCUUCUUUCUCUAUCUGCAUCCAUGUAUGUUAGUCAAAAAUGCUAUGAACAUAUGAUGGCUGAUAAGACUAAUGGUUUCAGUGAUGAGUGUGUCCUUGAGGAGAGCCUCAUCAACUUUGGUCGUGAUCAGAUCUGGAGCGAGCACCCUUUACAGAUUGAGCUGCUUAAACUUCUGCAAGUGUUGAUAGUCUUGGAGCAUCAUCUUGGACAGACUGAGGAGGAACUGGAGAAUCAGCCAGCCCUAUCAAAGGAAUGGCAAAGGGCUCUUAACUUCCAGGAAGCAAUUGGUGCUAUGCAGUAUGUACAUCCACAUCCUAUAACUUCGCAAGGAUUAUUUGUGUCUGCUGUAGUCCGAGGCUUGCAGCCUGAGUAUGGGUACGGCAUGCAUCCAGCUUGGGUGAGCUUGGUUGCGUAUUCCUUGCCAUACUUUGGGAAAUCUUUAGGGUGGACAGUAGCACCGUUUAUUGUACAGAUAUGCAAGAACCUGGAUGAACUUGUCAAACAAUAUGAACAUGAAACUCUGAAGUUGUCAACGAAAGUGUCUGUAAGCAUUCAUUCUAAAAGGGAGAACAUUACUCCAGAUUAUCCUCUAACUCUUUUGGAAGGUCUAACAACUAUUGGCCAUUUUUGUCUUUUGGAUCAUCCAAAUCAAACCAAAAAGUCCUUUUUGAGCGCUGACCCUACAAGUCUAAGAAAUGCUAGAAAUGCCAUUUUGGAAGAACUUCCCCAAAUUAUUAACACCAUGUCUCUCCUUUGGAGUGUUAUAAAAAAGGAAGAAUCUCAGAAAAGGCCAGCUGACUUCCUUGGAACAAAAGGCUCUUCUUCAGUUUAUUUUAAGGCAACCAAAACGUUAAAGAAUAAAAUCCUAGACUUCUUGAAUCCCCUCACCGGCCAUCUUGGAGUGCAGUUUAUGGCUGCAGUAGCAGCAGUAUGGAACAGCAAAAAAUCUCAUAAGCGUCAAAGCAAAACAAAGAUUUCUCCUGUAGCUAGUUCAUCUCAGCUCAUACUACUUGACCUAGUUUGUGCACUCAAUACUCUGAAGACUGACACUAUAUUGCAUCUAGUAAAAGAAGUUGUAAAGAAACCAUCCCAAAUCAAAGGUGAAGAGAAAUCUUCCCUAGUGGAUAUCCCUGUGCUCCAGUUCUGCUAUGCUUUCAUACAAAGACUUCCUGUCUUAAUCUUGCAAGAGAACUUCCAGUCAUUGUUAGGAGUGCUGAAGGAAUCUGUGCAACUGAAUUUGGUACCACCUGGGUAUUUUUUGCUUCUCAGCACUCUGAAUGAUUUUGUGACUAGAACUCCAAACCAGGAAAAUAAAAAGGAUCAGAAAGACCUUCAGGAGAUAACCCAGAAAAUACUGGAAGCCGUGGGGAGUGUUGCUGGUUCCUCCUUAGAACAAACUAGCUGGCUGAGUAGGAAUCUGGAGGUGAAAGCACAGCCUCAGAUCUCUUUAGAUGAAUCCAAUGCUGAAGAUGAUUUUUGUGAUACUUCAGCAGUACCUUCUUCAAUGGUUUCUGCCUCUGCUCCAUCAGCAUACAGUGUUCAAGCCCUCUCUCUCCUUGCAGAGGUUCUUGCUUCCCUCCUGGAUAUGGUUUAUCGAAGUGAUGAAAAAGAGAAAGCAGUGCCUUUAAUAUCACGUUUGCUAUAUUAUGUGUUUCCUUACUUACGCAACCACAGUGCCUACAACCUUCCUAGCUUCCGUGCUGGUACUCAGUUGCUCAGUUCCCUAAGUGGCUAUGCCUAUACGAAGCGAGCAUGGAAGAAAGAAGUUCUAGAAUUAUAUAUGGAUCCAGCUUUUUUCCAGAUGGACACUUCGUGCAUUCAUUGGCAAGCCAUUAUUGAUCAUCUUCUUACACAUGACAAAACUAUGUUUAAAGAUUUGAUGAAUAUGCAAAGCAGUUCCUUAAAACUUUUCCCAAGUUUUGAGCAAAAAGCAAUGUUGUUAAAGCGCCAAGCCUUUGCAAUUUUCAGUGGAGAAAUUGAUCAAUAUCACCUUUAUCUUCCUUUAAUACAAGAGCGAUUGACUGAUAAUCUGCGUGUUGGACAGACUUCUGUAGCAGCUGCUCAGAUGUUUCUGUUUUUCAGGGUUCUGUUACUAAGAAUUUCCCCUCAGCAUCUAACUUCAUUAUGGCCUAUCAUGGUGACAGAACUGAUUCAAACAUUUAUACAACUAGAAGAUGAUUUAGCUGAGGAUGAAGAAACAGCAAAAAACAGCAGCAAAAUAAGCAAACAGAAAACAUCAGAUUGCAAUGGUCCAUUACUUGGUGAUAUACAGCCGAAUGAACUAACCUUGUAUUUAUCAGCCUGUAAGUUCUUGGACACUGCACUUUCCUUUCCACCUGACAAGAUGCAGUUAUUUCAAAUGUACAGAUGGGCGUUUGUUCCAGAGGUGGACACAGAGGGUUACAACAUGACCUCAGAUCUAAUGGAAAAUCACCAGGAAUAUAAACCACAUAUUGUAAGAAUCAUGGAUUUAUUGAAGCUGAAAUUUGAGGAAAAAAAUAUCAAUGAGAGAGCAACAAAGAACUAUGACUUUCCUCUUUUGGACCUUCGUUCUAUAUCUAGUAUCACACAGUUAAUGCCAUUCUUCAGGAUACUAAGCUGUGCUUUUAAAACUGAAAGCAACAAGUCACUAAACACACACUGCUCAAAGGCUCUCAAAAUGGACUGUCCCAUUGGCAGCAGCACAAGGACACUGAAGCUACUAGAAGAAUGUGUGGAACGUGAUUUUAUAGAAAAUAUCGAAAGUUAGUUUUGUUUAAAAAGAGUUCCAUUGUAUGAGGCUUGUAGUUAUCACCAAGUUUCAGCUUUAUUGAAAAGAUGUAAAUACUAGGAUUAAAUACUUUAAAGUUUACAGAUUUCAACUCAUUUUUACUUUUCCUACCAAUGCCGUCUACACUGGUUUUAUUUUUGUUAAUUAGUGAUAUGUUAUCCUCAUUUUCUGUAGGAGCAAAUUAGCAUAAUAGCUAGUACAAUUCUUAAAAUGAAGGAAAAUAAAACAGAAGCAUACUUAAGUUGUUCAUAUAAUUAAGGCGGUAUAUUUGCUGUUUAUCUGAUCAAGGCUGUUUUUAGAGACUUUCAGAUUUGUACAACUCUCUUAAAGGCAAAACUCCAAGAAAUAAAAUGUUCGAUGUGCAACGAAUAGAUUGGCAGAUGAAGGCACUGUUCUUUUUUAGUUUUGUCUGUAAACUGGGUAAGCUGGGACAAACAAAAUAGCAUGCUGUGUAGGUAUCCAUAUGAAUUCUUCUAACAAAAUAUAUGUAUAAACUUUCUAACAACUUUAACAGCCUAAGGUUGCAAACAUAAUAAGCAUACUUACUAGCAAGCAGGCCUCACUGAACUAAAUGGGAAUUACUUUUUAGUAAGUAUCUUCAGGAUUGGGCUUUAAGUUUAUAUAUUUGCAUAGGAUUUAUAGAAGAAUAAUGAUUCUAAAAGUAGAAGAAAACUUUUUACUUGGAAGCUUUUUAGACUAGUUUUAAAUUCAUUAUUGCCGCUGACAAUUUGCUGAAUUAGAAUUUAAUUGUGGGGGCUUAUAAGAAUUCUUAAAGAAUAUGUGCAUAAGGGCUGUACAGUUAUUGAAAGGCGUGGGGGGUGUAUCUGCUGCAUUAGAAAUACUUAAUUUUCUAAGCAAAUGGUUUAUAAUUCUGUGCUAAACUUCUGUGCAGAUAUGGAUAUUUACUCAAAGUGUUACAAAGAUUACAGACAACUCUUCAUAUUGUGACUUAAUUUGAGGGUAGAGAGACUCUUGGUUCCAGCUCCUUGUUUACUGAACAGUAUUUGUAAUGCAUGAGUAGAAUUGUGGGAGCAGGAAGGUGUUAGUUAUCUCGGUGCAAUGUCAAUUGCUACAAAUGGAAAAAUUAUCUAGAAAAUAAAUUAUGUAUUAAUUGUAAUUGCUUGCCUGUUCUUUAAAUCUAUUAGAUAUUAUGCUGCCCUUGUUUCAUAAGUUCUUGUAAAAAAUACUAUUUCUUUAGCAGGUCUGUCUUCUCUCCCUCUUGUUCUCUCCCCCACCUCACCCCAAAUACUGACUACUUGUGGUAGAUCAAGCACAGUCACUUCCUAAAAAUAGAUUGGACAAAACCUAGCUAAACCUGAACAUUUCUAAGUCGCAUUUAUUUCAAUGUGAAAGUUAGACAUCUGGUCAAAUUUCUCCAUUGAAAUCAAAGGGGCAGUUCAAAUGCUUAAGAUUGGCUAGAUUGAGCCGAAUGUUUUUGUGCAAUAUUCUUGCAAAAACCUGAAUUUCAAUAUUUAAUGGCAAGAGUUGCUUUUGUGUUUUGUUUUUAAUUUCAUCAUUAUCACUCUUUGUCUUAGUGCCCACCAGUACCACAAAUAUCUGGUGUAUGGUGCAAAAAUGUCUGACAAUACGGACACUAAUUUCAACAUUUUAUAUCGUAGGUUAUCUGUGUAUUCUUAUCUACAGAUUUAUGUUGGGUUUUCUGUAUUAAUUUUGAUACUGAUGAAAUGCUGAACAUACUAUAUGCUUUAUUGUAAUUAUGUUAAAGUGGCUAAAAUGAAACGUUAUUCACUUGUUAAUAAUUUUCUAAUGUGAUGCAAUCAAGCUCAAAAACGAAAUGGUCUUUUUCAUUAUGAAUGUGAAAUUCAGCUCUUCUGAAUGUAAAUUAUUUCACACAUUAUUUAAUCAUAGGUAUAAAGAUGUAGUAUCCAUUAUAAAGCAUAAAAUGCUGCUCAA